AUGCAACGCAUUGAAGACCGUGGUCACAAAAAUUAUACCUCGCUUGAUGAGUGCAUGAAGAACUCGUCAUCUCUAGCGGUAGCCGCCGCUGUCUUGGGGGUCGUUUCAGCACAAAGCACAGUCUUGAGCCCUGCUACAACCACGGUGGUUUCCACUUCUACACCAUCUCUCUUCCCCAAUGAAGUGGUUCAGUUGACUGAUGGUGUCCUCGACACCGUUGCUUCUGCCAUUGCCAAUGAAUCAAUCUCAAAUCUUUUUGCUUUCGACACUAAUUCCACCCUCUCGAAACGAAAAACAAAAGUUUGCAAGCUCCUCCCUGGCGAUGCAUUGUGGCCUAUUAAUUUAAUUUGGGAUAUUUUCGACGUCCUUCUUGGUGGAGCUUUGAUCAAAAGUACUCCUUUGGCUGCAGUCUGUUACCCAGAUUGGCCAGAAUAUGAUGCAACCAAAUGUGCAUCAGUCACAGCUGGUUGGUUAACUUCGGAACUCCAUGAGGCCGAUCCAACCUCAAUUCAAUUACCCAUCUACCAGGGCCGUAGUUGUAUGCCUCCUGGGUUGAAUUACACAAACAUCUGUGAACAAGGUGGUUAUCCGACGUAUGUCGUCAACGUCACAAAUGUAGCACAAAUUCAACUCGCUGUCAAUUUCGCAAGAAAUCUUGAUCUCUCCCUUGUGAUCAAGAAUACCGGUCACGACUUCAACGGUAAAGCAUCUGGCAAGGGUGCACUCACCAUAUGGACUCAUCAUCUCAAACACAAAGCUUAUUACCCCAACUUUGUAGCUGCCAAUGGUUACACUGGACCUGCUAUCAAGGUUGGUUCUGGCAUUCUGGUACGCGAGGCAUAUGAAUAUGCCAAGACCUUGGGAGGAAGUGUAGUUGGCGGUGAAGCUGCCACUGUAGGAAUGGGUGGUGGUUAUAUUGCUGGUGGGGGACACUCACCUUUGAGCAGUAUGUACGGUAUGGGAUCCGAUCAAGUCUUGGCUAUGGAGGUUGUUCUUGCCAAUGGCAAAUUUAUCAGCUGCGAUUCUAAAACCAACUCCGAUGUCUUUUGGAUGCUGCGCGGUGGCGGGGGUAGUACCAUUGGUGUCGUAACAUCUCUUACUGUCAAGUUACUCCCCCAACUCGAAACCACUACCGUUACUUUCAACUUCACUGUUGCAGACACCCCUGGCAAUGACUCUUUCUGGGGGGGUGUUCAAGCUUACAUCGACAAUGCUGAAGCCUUUGUUGAUGCCGGUACUUAUGGAUAUUAUUACCUUGGGGCUAGCGCCGUCGAAAUUGGAACCGAUGUUGGUGGUAGUGAUGCCUACUAUUUCCGUAUGGAAUCUUUCGUUGCACCAAACAUGACCAUUGCUCAGACUCAAGCACUUCUCAAACCAUGGUUUGACGUCCUAGAUAGCUUGAACAUUACUUAUACUCCUUGGUACAACCACGCCGAUAACUUCCAUGAUGCAUGGGUCCCUUCUUUCCCCGAAGAAUAUGUCGGCACUGACAUUGUCAAAACCGCAUCUCGCCUUAUGCCUCGCUCUGUCUUUGCAGACGAUGAUCUUCGCAAUCAAACUUUCGCCGCUCACAAAUCAGCCAUCGAACAAGGCUUCUUCAUCGCAGGCUUCCACGUUUCGGGAACCGGUAUUGCAGUCGAGCCACCAACAGAUUCUUCUGUUCUGCCUGCUUGGCGUGAUGCCAUCAUGCAUACCAUCGUUGGAGGUGAAUUUGAGACUACAAGCACCUGGGCUGAAAUCGAAACCGUCACCUAUGCCGUUACAGAUUUCAUGGAUGUUUUUCGUUCCAUUGCUCCCGACUCGGGCGCCUAUAUGUCAGAAGGUGAUCUUAUUGAACCUAAUCAAACGGUCGCUUUCUACGGUACCAAUUAUGAUGAGCUGUAUGCGAUGAAGCAAAAAUAUGACCCUACGGGCGUGUUCUUUGCCCUCACCGCUAUUGGUUCGGUGGAUUGGGAAAUUCAGACGGUUGAUUCUCUUCCUAAUAGUUGGAAUACGAACGGGAGACGUUGCCCAGUUUAA